AAAGCCCAUUGAGACAAUGCCAGAACAUCUGCUGGAAACUGAGCAUCUCCACUGGCAGCAGGCGAAAUCCACCCUGCUGGAGGAGACUGAGAAAUCCAGAGCUCAGUUAGACGAGCAGAAACACGAGAACAGCACCCUCCUGGCUGCUCUGAGGAAUGUUGAGCAAAAACUGGAGAGUUGUCAGUUGGAGUGGCAGGAGGAAAAGACAUCCCUCAUUCAGGCCACAGAAGGCUUCAAGAAGAGCAUGCAGGAUAUGCAACAGGAAGCAAAGGAAGAUUUGGAAAGAUUCCAGGCUUCCCAUCAAGCCCAUCUUGAGGAGCAGAAAGAGGAGACCAGGAAGAUCGCAUCUGCCCUUAACAAGGUCGAGGAUCUGCUGGAGACUGAGCGCCUCAGCUGGCAGGGGGAAAAAUCAUCCCUGCUGGAGGAAAUGACAUCCCUCCUUCAUGUCACUGAAGGUCUCAAGGAGACUAUGCAGGAGAUUCAACAGGAAAGAAAGGAGGCUUUGGAAAGAAACGCCAGUCACCAGGCAGAGUGGCAAACAUCCCUCACGAGUAUCGUGAACAGUGAAAUCCCGGCUGGAAGAGCUCAUGAGUAAGAAGAACAAGAUGAAGAAGAAGAAAUGGUAGAGGAGGUUCUUCUAAUGCCCAGAUCCACACUAUGAACUGAGACUGACUCAAACAAACGCAGCAGACAUGUAUUUUAGAUGAAUUAAACAUAUAUACUUCCAAACAACAUCAUAAAUUAAGGCCUUUACAUUUUUAUAAAAAACAACAAGCUCUGAUCGUGUUGCCAUAGCAACCACAUGAGGAAGAUCAAAGGACAAUGCCCAGAAUGUUGGAAUGUUAUAAAUAGGAGCUCUGACUUUAUAUUUGCCAUUUGUGUUUAGACCUCAGUCGGAUACACAACUCUUUGUCGCAAUGGAGCAGAAAAAAGAAUGACACCAAACGAGGCGAGAAGAGAAUUAAUAAAAACCAAGGAGCAAGUUAGUUCACUGGUGAAGAAAGUAGGAAUAAAUCCAAAAAGCGAUGGUUCUCAGGGCAGGAGUAGACCGAGAAGCCAGAGGAGAGACAACACAGAGGUUCAGCAGAGGACAGAUUGGGAAGAUGUGGAAGACAACUCAGAGAAGGCUCGACCUUCAGCUGCUAUGUUUUCCCCUUUUGGACACUUGCACUUGCUCAAUGAACCUGAAGAGCAGUCUGAGAUGCAGACUCCUCCCAGCAGGGAGAACCCUGCGCCUCAGACAAAAACCCAACAGCUUGAGGCCGAUCUUGUAUUCGAGAGUCCUAAAGUUCAGAAACUGCAGGAAAAAGUGGCCAGGAAAGAGGCCAAUAAGACUGCAGAGUAACAGAAGAUGGAAUCUGCCCUUAAAAAGGCCAGAAGAUCUGCUGGAAAUUGAGCGUCUCCACUCGCAGCAGGCGAAAUCCACCAUGUUGGAGGAGACUGAGAAAUCCAGAGCUCAGCUAGACGAGCAGAAACACGAGAACAGCACCCUCCUGGCUGCUCUGAGGAAUGUUGAGCAGAAGCUGGAGAGUUAUCAGUUGGAGUGGCAGGAGGAAAAGACAUCCCUCAUUCAGGCCACAGAAGGCUUCAAGAAGAGCAUGCAUGAUAUGCAACAGGAAGCAAAGGAAGAUUUGGAAAGAUCCCAGGCUUCCCAUCAAGCCCAUCUUGAGGAGCAGAAAGAGGAGACCAGGAAGAUCGCAUCUGCCCUCAACAAGGUAGAAGAUCUGCUGGAGACUGAGCGCCUCAGCUGGCAGGGGGAAAAUUCAUCUCUGCUGGAGGAAAUGACAUCCCUCCUUCAUGUCACUGAGGGUCUCAAGGAGACUAUGCAGGAGAUUCAGCAGGAAAGAAAGGAGGCUUUGGAAAGAAACGCCAGUCACCAGGCAGAGUGGCAAACAUCCCUCACGAGUAUGGCGAACAGUGAAGUCUCUCAAACACGCGCACUUGUCCUGCCUGAGGUUUUCGCCAGGCGCUCCAGUUAGCAUACUGUAACUGAAGAAGAAAUUCUUUAAUUAUAAAAAAAAAAUUAAGGUUAGUUCAUAAAACUGACAAAUACACAAGAACAAAUGUGUGUAUAUACCCAGCCAUAUGGGACUACCCC